GGCAGCCACUAAUUAUCCACCGUGUUCCCAGCGGCAGGUGGUGACCGAGCCUCCAGCAGUAACCAGAGCCUGUGAAUGGGAGUAUGACGUUUUAACCCGACACAGCACGGAGCGCUUGUGUGAAAUGGACGGCGUGGAAUAACUUAAAGUCAGUCUUAUUUUGGAUUUCUUUUAAUUUUCUGCUCGAGAACCUGGAGAGUUCAGAGCGCAAAUUGUUAGGCAAGUGUUUGUGAGUGAGCGGCUGCGCGUCCGGCGUGCGCUAUGCUCCCUGGAGGCGUGUAGACAGCCGAGCCUUUCUCAGUUUUUUAUGCUUUAAGUUAAAUUGUGUUUUAUAAUAGGCUAUCAGUAAUGGCACUCGCAAGAUUCAGCAAAAUACUUCGCCUGCCCAGUCUUGACAUCAAGAAGAGAGUCAAGCAAUAUGAGCACGUCCACCGGGAUAUCAACCCUAACGACAUAUGGGAAAUCGUUGGGGAGUUGGGCGACGGCGCAUUUGGAAAGGUGUACAAGGCCAGGAACAAGGAGACAGAUGCUCUGGCUGCAGCCAAAGUGAUAGAGACAAAAUGUGAGGAGGAGCUGGAGGACUACAUGGUGGAGAUCGACAUCCUGGCUAAAUGUGAUCACCGCUACAUUGUCAAGCUGCUCGACGCCUUCUACCAUGACAACAAACUCUGGAUCAUGAUCGAAUUCUGCCCUGGAGGCGCUGUGGAUGCCACAAUGUUGGAGUUGGAUCGUGGGUUGAUGGAGCCGCAGAUCCAGGUGAUCUGUCGCCAGAUGCUGGAGGCUCUGGACUACCUCCACGGCAUGAAGAUCAUCCACAGAGACCUCAAGGCUGGCAACGUCCUCCUCAUGCUGGAUGGGGACAUCAAACUGGCUGAUUUCGGGGUGUCGGCGAAAAACACCAAAACCUUACAAAGAAGAGAUUCUUUCAUUGGAACGCCAUAUUGGAUGGCUCCGGAGGUGGUGAUGUGUGAGACAAUGAAGGAUGCGCCGUAUGACUACAAGGCUGAUAUCUGGUCUCUGGGAAUCACUCUGAUCGAGCUCGCCCAGAUUGAACCCCCACAUCAUGAGCUCAACCCGAUGAGGGUCCUGCUGAAAAUAGCCAAGUCGGAGCCUCCCACCCUGGAUCAGCCACAUAAAUGGUCACAGGAGUUUAAAGAUUUCCUGAAGAAAGCUUUGGAUAAAAACCCAGAGAGCCGGCCGACUGCAGCACAGCUAUUAGAGCACCCUUUUGUGAGCUCAGUGAAGUCCAACCGGCCGCUGCGGGAGCUGGUGGCGGAGGCCAAGGCUGAAGUCAUGGAGGAAAUCGAGGACAAUAGAGAGGAAGCAGAGGAGGACGACGCCACCGAGCUCACUGUGACCAGCCGGACCAGUUCGGAAGGAGACCAUUCUUCAGAAACCCCAAGCCCCACCACACCAGUCCCUACGCCCCGGGAGGAGGCCAGGCCGGACUUCCCAGCAGAAAGGGACACAGAGCAUCCUGCAGUGAUCCCCAUUCCCCUACCACGUCAGAAACCCCACAAAGAAGAUCACGGGGAUCAAGGGGAGUUGGGUGACAAGCUACCUGAUGAAGUCAUUCUUGAGUCAGAGAAGUCUGAGAGUGAGGCCUCAACCAAGACCUCCAACUCAGACUCAGGCAUUGAGGAUGGGAAGAUCACCCCCACGUCAGUGGAGGAAAAGGUUGUCAUGGAGACUCCAGAGACAGAGCAGCCUGUAUCACCAGCCCAACCUGAUACACCUGAGAAAAAGGCUGACAUCACCAUGGCCCCAACAGAUCCAGAGGUGCCCAAAAUCCAGGUGACUGAGGAGGAAAGCAACAUCAUGGGUAGUGGAGAUUUACCAGUUUCAAACCCCAGUCCUCCUGCCAGUUCCACUGCCACCCCCGCUCGUUCUCCUUCUCCCACGUCCUCUCCCACUCCCACCCCGGUACCUGUACCUCGCUCUGGGCUGAACAGCGGCAUGAUAAAGGGUACACCAGAGAGGACAUCGAUAGGAGGAAACAUGGAGAGCCUCUCACCCCAUGCCAAUGGAAGCCUCGCCAACAAGCGGUACUCUGAUGCGGGCAGCAUGGUCUCAGAGAGCAUGGACAUGUCUGUCUCUAUCAGGGAUUCUCGCUUUUCCAGUAAGACUCUUAAGCGAACCAGAAAGUUUGUUAUUGAUGGCGUGGAGGUGAGUGUGACCACCUCCAAAAUCAUCGGCGAUGAUGAAAAGAAGGACGAGGAGAUGAGGUUCCUCAGGCGGCAGGAGUUGCGUGAGCUACGUCUCCUGCAGAAGGAGGAGCACCGUGCUCAGGCUACUCUGAACGCAAAACUGGAGGUGCAAAGAGAACAAAUGCAGAGACGCUUUGACCAGGAGAUGAAUUCCAAGAAGAAGCACUAUGACAUCGAGCUGGAGAACCUGGAGAAGCACCAGAAGCAGACCAUAGAGCGGAUGGAGACGGACCAUGCCGUCAAACUCAAAGACGAGACCAAACGCAUCAGAGCGGAGCAGGAGCGUGACUUGCACAAGUUUCAGGAUCAGAUGAAACACAAGAAAAAAGAGGUAAAACAAUCUGUUGACAAACUGCCCAGAAGUCAGCGUAAAGACACACUGAAGCAGAGGAUGAAUUCCUUCCAGCAGACGAAGAUAAAAGAGGAAGAGAACUUCUUGUCCGACCAGAAGAACUACCUGGACACCACGCUGAAGAGGAUCAUCUCAGACAACAAGAGGGAGAUCUCGGAGACAGAGAGGAAUUGCCUUAACAAGAAGCAGCAUCUAAUCAGAGAGCGAGAAGCAACGAUUUGGGACAUGGAGGAGAAGAACCUUCAUGAAAGACACCAGUUGAUGAAGCAGCAGCUGAAAGACCAGUACUUCCUGCAGAGGCACCAGCUCCUCAAGAAGCAUGAGAAGGAACAGGAACAGAUGCAGUGCUACAAUCAGCGUAUGAUUGAGAUCCUGAAGGCUCGGCAGCAGCAGGAGAAGGCCCGGCUGCCCAAGAUUCAGCGAAGUGAGGCCAAGACCCGCAUGGCCAUGUUCAAAAAGAGCCUCCGUAUCAACUCCACAGGCAGCGCCUCCGAGGACAGAGAGAAGAUCAAACAGUUUUCUCAGCAGGAGGAUAAGCGGCAGAAGGCAGAGAGGCUGCAUCAGCAGCAGAAACAUGAGAACCAGAUGAGAGAGAUGACUGGCCAGUGUGACAGCAACAUCCGGGAGCUGCAGCAGCUACAGAAUGAGAAAUGCCACCUGCUGAUUGAGAAUGAGACUCAGAGGCUCAAAAUGUUGGAUGAGCAACACAACCAUCAGCUGAGGGACUGGAGGGAUCACCUGAAACCCAGAAAGAAGGCCCUUGAGGAGGAGUUAAACCAGAAGAAGAGGGAGCAGGAGGUUUUCUUCAAGAUGAGUGAAAAUUCUGCCUGCCCAAACCCCAGUUCGCCCAACAAACUCUCCAAGUUCUUGCCUUAUGCCGAUUCUUCCACCACAUAAAAUAGUCCCUGUGACUUGGCACAAUGUCUUCUGGCCACUGUUAGGACCAGUGCGCACACACACACACACACACACACACACACACACACACACACACACACACACACAUUUGAAGGCGUGAUCGUCUCCUGCCUCCAUUUUAAUUUGCUUUGCCCGUAAUGGUUUAUUUUUUAGGAAAUAUUUAUGUUUUAAUUCAUGUUUUAAGUUUUUUUCCCCUUUGAUUAAAAGUGUUAUCUUAUUUGAUGGAUUCACAACUCAUCAAGCGCUUCAGGUUAUUAGCAUCUGUUCCCAUACAGUGUUUUGAUGUCCUCUUUCUGUCAUAGUCUGCCUCUUAGCUGCUGACCAGUUAAACAUGAGACUAAAUUGAUGUGAUGGUCAUUAGGUUGGGUAGAGAAAAAACACUUUUUUUUUCUUUUUUUUUUGGCAAGAAAUUACUACCCAGCCAGGGAUAUUCCUUUCGCAUGAAGAGGAAAAUUAUUCUGUUUCUAUAUAUGCUGUUGAGCCUGUAACUAAGCACUUUUUGUUUAGCUAUGAAUAUUAAUGCUGUCUCCCAAAGAUCAUUGUAUCAAAAAAAUACCCCCAAAUGAUCUAAUUUACAAAUAUAUUUUGUAUCUGCGUGCCUUGGCUCAAACACUGUCUUGUCCAAAAUUCAGAUCAUCCAGUUGCCAAAUUCUGCCUUUAUUUAUUUUUAAUGUUAAAGGACAGACUAAAAUUCAGUGUCAUCACUGUAAAUAUUUGAAAUUUUGCUAAUUUUCCAUCAACACCCAUGGUUUGAUCCACAUAUUACAAUUAGAUUUUAUUUUUUUUUUUUAAUCUUUAAUUUUUUUUUUUUUUUUUUUAAACAGGGAGGGAAGUUAUAUCCAAGUUACCAGAAUCUUUUCUUCCAUUCAAAAUUCCUAGUAAGCGUUGAUAUUUUAACAGCAAAGGGAAGACUAAUUGUGUCUAAUGUAAAGUGUUUCUGUCAUGACCAUUGUGUUUCUGUUGUAGUUUUACUGUAAAAUUUGAUCACACUGGAUGAGAACUGACCAAGCCAAAGCAAAAUACUGUUGUGUUCUUCGAAGGAUGUUAACACAGAGGGGAUUACAGUCUGAGUAAAAUAAAGUGUAUAAAUGUAAUGUUUCUUUUAAAUGCACUGUCUGCUAACCAAAAGUGCAAUAUUGCAA